GCGAAGAAAAACACCACGGAGUGAAUUCUAGAACAAAAAUCAUACUACAAACGCAAUAAAUAAGUCUCCUUCUAGUUGGCUGCGGGCCCACGUGAAAAAGGGGCAUGAAGAACGACGCCUGGGUAUCAUUAUUCUACUAAAAAAUAUCGCCCAGGAUGGAGGAGGAAACCCAUAUGGACCUCCUGAACGACGAGGCCGAGGACCAAACCGGGGCAGUGGUCAUCGGCUUCGAGCAGGAGGAAAAGGGCGCACACGUGCUUGGAUUCGAGGAUGAAGUGUCGCCAAAGGUACAGACAAAUUGCAGCGAUCAAGCUUUUUAUGUUCUCGCGGUUUUUUUGGAGGUAAUCAGGAACACAAGCUGAAUUGCACUAGGCUCUUCCCUACGUGUAAUUUCUUCGAUCUUCACAAGUGCAUCGUUCAUACCUUUCAAUGAAAAAACCUUCCAGGUAUCCGCCGUCCUGAAACACGACCACAUGAUAAAUGUGAGUCUCGAGUCCGACUCGAACAACCUCGACCCGCAGGCCUGGGCAGAGGAGGUCCAGAAAACCACUUCCGGUUCCUGGUGGAUAGACGCGGUGAUUUAUCCUCAGUAAAAACUGCGUCCCAUAGUCAACCUGCUAGGCAAACCAACAAGCUGUGGCUGUUGCGCAUGACAAGUUUCGCCUCGUAGUGUAAUCCUAUUGAGCUCGUUUUGAAGCGUCACAGAUCUAGCACAUCGCGCGCAUUGAAGCAUUACAAAAAAAGAGGAGACAAUGCUUCUCAUGGGGCUCCGCAUGAGAGACACUGCGUCACCAUGCAGAUCUGCACUACAACUAUGCAAGUGGGGACGUUUUUACUUAGGAUAUGACUCUCGGGAGGUUGUCAAGACUCGCGGAACGAUACAGCGUGAUGCGGACCAUGCACGCGCCGUUCGUGGUUUGGAAGGAGUACCUGCAAGUGCAGAGGGACAGGUAGAUGAUCCGAGUUUUGGUUUGUCGUGUGUGAAGUUUGUACUGCAUAAAUUGCAGGUCGUGUUGUACAAGAACAAAACACAUUUUUUUUUUCGCAUACUUGUGGUUUUCUCAUGCAACUACAAAGCCCAUUCUCGUUUCUAAUUCUAUCAGGAGAAAAAUCGACCGGAGACGAUUUUUCCAAGUUCUCUUCCGGUCAUGGCGCUUCCGACUCCUCGCACGCAAUCCCAAGACCGCGAAGAUAAUCAAGGGUGGCAUGCGAUUACGGCGUGUUGUGCGGAGUAGGAUAAAAGCGGCGUGGGAUCCGGUACAAUGACCUGAGUUUUCUUAUCCACAAAAUUCAUUUUGUCAGGAGUACUUUUUGACCACGCAUAGAAUGUUUUUACCUGACGUAAGAGUACCUCUCCAUUCGUCGUCAAAACAGCUCGUCCGUCCGGUUCUGGUCGGCCGAACGACCAAGCAGUCCAGCGCUCUAGCAAAACUGUUGAAACUGGUGAUGUUCCGAAAUCUCGCCUUCACUUUCCGAGACGGAAAGCUGCAACACGCGUGCUUCCAAGCCUGGGCGGCCUACAAGGAUUGUCAUAACGAGAGAGCGAGUAAACCGGCGGGGAAUAAUAUCAAGGGAAAAAGGAAGUCCGUCAAGGAAGAAGCAGACGUCCCAUUGGGCAGGGAGGUAAAAAUUGCUGCUUCUCCAGUUCAUCUGCUGUCCUAGGAGGAUGUUUAACAACUUGAUGGUAUGAGAAGAGUCUGGUCGUGAAGUAGAUUUGAUGCUAACUACUCUCCAACAACAUCUAUCGUAGAUCUCCUCCGGCGAAGAGCUGCUGCAGAAAAGCCGGCCCUUCAUCCGGAAGGUGAUGCAAAAAGCGUGGGCCCGGUGGCAACGGACGAUAAAGUGGUGGAUGUCGCCAUCGGAGUGGCAGCUCUGGCACACUGAAGCGUAUUAUUCAUUGGUCGUUUAGUGUUUGAUACACUUGUAUACUGCUCCUCCUGCAGCUAGGACACCUAUCAUGCACUCCGUUGGGCUUUGACUUGUCGUAGCGUUUUUCAUGGAGAAAUGAGAUUGUCGUGCUGAGUAGCGGAAUAUUCUAGCCGUCAUACUUCUCCUUUUCCAGCUAUUACCACGGGGAAAUUCCCCACCCGCCACGACACGUGGCGGAAACCAAUGCGCCCCCGCUCCACGAACCGCUAGUCAGUUCGAGCACGUGGGGCCAGAUUUCUGUGAAGAAGUCUGGGGAGCAGAUGGACCUGGACGGUUACUACAAUCAAGUUCUCGGGGACGACUGGGUGCCCUUCCCCCACGUGCAACCGGAGGAGGACGAGGACGCGGCGUUGCAGCUAGAGCUACAAUCCACGACAACACCCAGCGGGCGACUGGCGUUUUCGCACAAGAGCAAAUUUUCGAGCAAGCUGAGGAACAUUGCGCAUAAGGUAGCUUCAGGAUUUUCAAUUUUUUAUUUGAUUAUGGUGAUCGGGUUUUUCUUUUUCUUUUUUCUUUUUGUCGUGCAGAAUGAGAUUUUAUUGUUUAACUUUAUCGAAGUGGUGCUGUAUUUUGAAUUUGCGAAUUAUGCUAUUCAGAUCGGCGGCACGUCGCUGUUGACGAAUCGGGCUGCGACUGCAGAGGAAAAGCUUGAGGAGCAAUCGAAAACCUUGCGCAAGUAUGCGGAGGGCGCAGAAACGACCGCGAAGCCGACAGAGGUGAAAAUUUUGACAGUGGUAUUUUGUCCUAUGUAUUUGCAUUUGUCAUUACAGUCAUACAUAAUAAUUCUGAUUUACCGUUUCAGCAUCACGUAAAAACACAGAACUCCUCUGAGCAGCCAGUGCUUCACGGUAGAUACAGCCCGCGCACCUUGGUUAUCCUGCGGAACGUGGACAAGACACGGAAAAUCACAGCGCCGGUGAGUGAAAAAGAGCAGAAGCAGAUCGACGACAUUUCGGUUGCGGACACGGAGGAGGUGUCAGAAGUGGAGCCCGCCGCCAGUUCCUCCAGUGCAGCACCUGCCACAAACGCCCGCGCCUCCUCUUCCUCUUCCGUUCGGCUAGAAGACCGCGGGGUCGUAGACGAGAAGGAUGUAGUAAAAGCAGUGGACGACGUCACCGGAAAUAAAUCGCAAAGACAGAUACCUGCAGUGGGUAGAAGUAGUACUAGCGGCGCAGCAUCACCUACGAGGAACGGUGAAGAAGAAGACGACGAUACAGCUCCGAAGCCAACCGGCCCGGGCGGGACGGGCAAACCCGCGUCGGCCUACAUGAAACUGAAACGAACAGUGACGCAAGGGGGCGCGCCCACGGUGCAGCCGGUGACCCUGAAACCUCGGAAAUCGGUGGCGGAGGAGAAAAAAUCGUAAAGAACCGAAAGAAAAUUGUGGGUUUUUUCGGUUUUGUUUUCAAUAAUGAAUUUUUGUGACGUUAUUAGAACGCAAAACAUGUGGACGAGGUAGUAUUCGUUUCAACAGCUGCCAAAAUGUUCGAAAGACGGAAACUCCUCGGGGAGAAGAGGGCAAAGAAAUGUUCAUUUUUCGACUCUGAUAGCGAAGUACGUAGGUAUGAUCCUUGAAAAAGACAAAAGACUCAGGCAGAAUUGUUCCAGAUUUUAGACUUUUAGACAAAGCACUACCACCUCCAGAACAAAGGGGGUCGGCGUAGUGAAGAGCAAGCAAAAGGCAUUUUGCUUCUCCUUCUACGGAGGUGUGUGUACUCACACCAACGAAGUAGCCUCUGCUUGGCGUCGACACGACAAGAAUGUGACAAGAAAACAGAUUUCAGGUUAAUGCAAAGCUUCCAAAUAGAUAUAGAAAUGGUGUGACUGUGACUCAGAGCUGAGCCUGCACGAUGGGCCGAAAAAAAUUUCCUGUACAAUAUUUGAAAUUAGACCAUUCUGUAUCUAACUGGCUGAGGAUCGUUGACCUUUGUAUCAAAUUGCUUGUACGAUGACGGUUACUUACUGACUUAUUUUCACAGUGAUGGCACCACUCAGAACCCCUGAGGUGUGCGAUGGGCGGAGGAGGUCAGGAAAAAAAGACAAAGAACCGAGGAACGGAAGGGAACGAGAAACAAAGAUGGC